CAGACACCGAGCAGACACAGUUUUGCCCUCAGUCAGAAAGAAAUCGAGCCAUACUGCAACCAAAUCGGAUGAUACGACCUAGAUAACCGACAGAACUAUUUUUUUUAAAGGGAUUUCGUUCGUUAUCCAAGCACAGUUUCGCAAAAAAGUUUGGCCACCAUGAAGUUGUGUUUAUGGAUCGCGGCUCUUUUGCUGGUCGUCGUGGGCACCAACGCAGAUGGUGAACUCGAUCUUAUGGAUGCCUUCGGACUCGACCCAGAGCCUGAGACUGAGAAGCCAAAGAAACCUAUUUCAGGCGGCGGGGGUGAAUUUGAUCUCAUGGACGCCUUCGGACUCGACCCAACAAACCCUCCCAAGGUCCCAGAGAAAGCCAAGCCCAAAUCCAACGAUGGUGAACUCGAUCUUAUGGAUGCCUUCGGACUAGACCCAGAGCCUGAGACCGAGAAACCAAAGAAACCUAUUUCAGGCGGCGGGGACGGUGGAUUUGAUCUUGGCGAUGCUCUUGGCCCAGAUCCAGAGCCCGAAAAACCCAAGAAACCAACUUCAGGUGGUGGUGGGGACGGUGGAUUUGAUCUUGGCGAUGCUCUCGGCCCAGACCCCGACCCCAAACCAGCCGUUCCCCCAAAGACCGGAGGAGGAGGAGGAGGAGUAUUUGAUGAUUCAGACCUCUGGGACGAUUCCAAAGGAGAGCUGAAACCUGAAGGAGGAGAUGGCGGAGCAGAUCAGCCCCAAGAUCCGUGGGUCCGAGCGCUGCGGGUCCUAGAGGCUAACAUGCCGGAAGGCGUCCAUAUAUGGCUAGCCAACAUAAAGCACAGCCUGGUGCCCUUCUUAGAGCGCGCCCUUCAGCUGCUGGGCGGCCUCGCGUGAGACGCGGCCUCUCUCGCUUCCUAUUGGUCGCCUCCAGGGUGGGAGGAGUCCAGCACCUCCACCCGAACCCCCCACCCUGCCCCAAAAUAAUCAUAAACACAGGCUAGAUGAUGUUAUGGGGCUAACGCUAUCGAUGAUGCUAUGAGGCUAACGCUAUCGAUUAUGCUAUGAGGCUAGCUACAUGGUGUAUGUACCUUGAUGCUACCUCUCGUUUCCUAUCGCUCCGCCUCCAU